AUGUCUACUAUUGCCAAUCUAUGUAUUGAGUUUUGUCGCAAGAAUAACAUCUCGGCGCAAUCACCACCCGAUUUGAUCUGUGUAACUCGAGGUCCAGGUAUGGCUGGUUCGUUGAGUAGCUCAACAGAGUUUGCUAAGGGGUUAAGCGUUGCAUGGAACGUUCCGUUAGUUGGGGUACAUCAUAUGUUGGGUCAUUUGUUAACCUCCUUCUUGCCAAAAUCAAAAUCGCAGCUGGCGUCACCGUCGCCGCCACCUAAAUACCCGUUUCUAAGCCUUUUGUGCAGUGGAGGUCAUACCAUGCUUGUACUCCUGAAAUCUGUCUCGGAACAUGAAAUAAUCAUAAAUGUAAGUGAUAUUGCCGUUGGUGAUUCGCUAGAUAAGUGUGCUCGCGAGUUGGGUCUCUAUGGGAACAUGUUGGGACGAGAAUUGGAAAAAUACAUUGAUGAGAUAUCCCCUGAGGAGAAACAAGAGUUUCAAAACUUGAACUUCAACACGAGGAUAGCCAAUGAAUACAAUUUUAGAGUGAAUCUCCCCUUUCAAUCGCCAAAGAAUGGUAUAGGUACAUUACAGUUUGCAUUUGCCCAGUUUUUAAGCACGAUUCAGGGUUAUAAAGAGCGAUUUCGAAUGGUGAAAAAAAGCGAUGAAUUUGAUGAAAAAACAAAAAGAAUGGUGGCAUAUACAAUACAGGAAUUUAUAUUUGACCAUAUCGUCGAUAGGAUCAAUUUAGCAUUCACGAAACACGGAUUGAGUCGGUGGAGCGAUGGUAAAUUUGUUGGAGUAGAAGAUUUUAUUUGUUCAGGAGGAGUAGCUGCAAACAAACGACUAAGAGAAAAAUUAUUCAGCAAUUUGAAGUAUAAAGAAAUUGGUGAUAAACCACUUAACUUUCAUUUUCCAGAUCUUUCUUUAUGUACGGAUAAUGCUGUAAUGAUUGGGUUGGCAGGAAUAGAGAUUUUCGAAACAUUGAGACUUAAGACAGAUUUGAGUUUUACUCCAAUUAGAAAAUGGCCCUUGAAUGAGCUACUAAGUGUAGAUUCUUGGGUUCACGUUAAUGACGAUGAAUUUAAUAAAGUUUGUAAAUACAAUACAUAG